AUGUUCUCAUCAGUACUCCAGGAGCAUCACCAAGUAAUCAUCUCAGCGAUGUGGAUGAUCACUCUAUCCAUCAUCCCACCAGACUUGGUACGGAUUGGAGCGCUCCUGGUCGGUGGUGUAAUAUGCAUCUGCGAUAUCAUGAACGCCAUGCGCCCGCAAGUCCUCAUGAAAAAGCUGCAACUUCGAUUUCUGAUCUUGGAGGAAAAAAUUCAAGACACAGUCGAUAGUGGCAUUAUUCACCAGUCGGAUACAAAUUUCACUGCUCGAAUCGAGAUGAAGAUGGGAAGACUUCGAUACAGGACCUUCGAGCUCCACGAGAGGACGCUUUUGGCGUCGGAGGGGAUUCUACAAGAGAUAAAGGCUGUCUGGAAGGGUCACUCCUUCGAGAUUAAUGUGUGCAUUCGGGAUGUCAAAUACCUGGAAAGGGACGUCGAGAUAAACCGCGCAAAAAUUCUGAAGAACCGGUAUCAUUCAUGGAGUUUGUGCACAUUUGACGGCGGGCGUAUGGAACGACUUUCAAAAACUGAGGACCGAACAGGACUGAACUGGUUUUGCGACCGCUUACCUUGCGCUUACCGUGACGGUGCACCGCAAGUUGUCGAACAUCAAACACAUACUACUCCUUUUGACGAAAUCGUCUGCAGCUCAGCAGACAGCGGCAAAUUGACCUACUGGUACGGCAAGCACCAACUCUUCACCACCCUCUCCCAGCCCAUAUCUAUCGUCAACCUCAACUCCACAAAUCCGAAGACUACAGCCUCGUUGGAUUCAAAACUCUCGCAGUCGAGGUACCCAACCCCCCUCUCCUUCUCAAACAAUCUCACGCACUCCCAGCCUCAGGACAAAACCUCAAUGAUCAAUCUCACCUGCGUCAUCAACCGUGCAACAAGGUACAGCUACAUCACUCCUCCCUCCUCAAAUCCACCCCAUGGUACUCUCAACGACACCGCCGCACCUCCAUCCAUCUGCGCUCUUCUCAAGCGCUGUGGGGGAGAUGAAGGGGAUACGAAGCGACAUAGAACUUUUCUUCAAAUUUCUCUCAUGCCCGAACUGCGAACUAGAACCGACCACUCGAGCCCGGACCAGAACUGGAACCGUAACCGAACUGUCCGUUCGGUUCUGCCAGUUCGUCAACCAGACCACGUCAUUCAGCCUUCACCCAACCUUCCAGAGGCAAAUCAAAAGCAGGACUCGUCGGGCAGUUUGAAACUGAUUCGCUCCUCGCAAGGACUCUCCUCUCACUCUCUCCCCAGCGCUCAUUUUUUCUCGAUCCAGAACGAUAUCUCAUCUCUUGUCAAUGACUCCAACCUGUGGGAGAUUCCCUUCCUACGCACUGGCAAUGUCCGCAGCCCUCCCCCCGCCAACCCCCCUGCAAAUUUCAAGGACCGUGACCAAAUAAUCUCAGAAUGGACUGAGCCAAUCCACUACCCCAUCAUUUUGAGUUUAGGAAACUCGGAGGUUACGCAAAAAGCGGUGAAUACUAUGAGCGAACACUACAAGCCUUAUGCCCCGUUGAACCUUUGUUUAUGGGGCAACCAUGCGACACCUGAAGUGUUAAUUACAAAUCAAUUGCAACUCUUUUUGCUAGCAGCGAAGGAACCCCUCUUCUCAUAUACACGGACCACACCCACUCCCUCCGACUCCCAACAGUCCAACUCAGCUGGAUUGGUCAACUACUUGAACGACAAGGAUUCCGCCCUCCUCCCGAAAGCGCCCAGUAACCGACAGGAAAAUUCUCUGACCAGUCCACCCUCAUUUCCGUCCCCGCUUCCUCUGACCCCGACGCACACAUUCGCGACGUGCCCAUGCUUCAAAUACAUCAUCAUCGCAUGUCAAGGAUCCGAAGGUGAACUCCCUAACACGUUCAAGAGGAAAGCGUUGAAGCAUUGCAUCAUCACGGCUCUAGUCUACGAUAAAGAUUCGUCUUUACGAUGGCAAAUCAAGCUCUUAUAA